GUGUGCAUGUGUGCUUAUGUGCGACAUUAAUGGCAGAGGCCAGGCCGCGUUUCCACCAGGGAUCCUCUGCCAGCUCUGUCUGCACGGCCGUCAAACAUCUUUGCUUGUACCGCCAGAAGAGGUUCGACUUCGUGACCAGCCACCAACCGGGUCUCCCAGCAGAAGGCGUGAGUGCGCCAUGGAGUCCCUCUUCCAGCUACUCUUCUCGCCGCUCCCCACGCCGGCUAUCAUCUCUCUGUUUGCCCUGGCGGCUGCCACGCUCUUCUACCUCAACACCAGGCCCGCCCCGCUGCGGUCCCCCGCCGACCUCAAAUGCCAAACCCUGGGCAUCAAGGAUGGAGCCAGGAAGGUGGCCUUGCUCAAGGACAACAACAACCUGCUGGCCUACUACUACGAUGACGCAAAGACCCUCUAUGAGGUCUUCCAGAGGGGCAUGAAAGUGUCAGGUAACGGGCCAUGUUUGGGCUUCAGGAAAAUGGGAAGGCCGUACCAGUGGCUCAGGUACAAGCAGGUGUCCGACAGAGCGGAGCAUCUGGGUUCGGGGCUCCUUCAGAGGGGCUUGAAGCCAACUCCCGACACUUUUGUCGGCAUCUUCGCUCAGAACAGACCCGAGUGGAUUAUUGGAGAGAUGGCCUGUUACACCUACUCCAUGGUGGUGGUCCCGCUCUACGACACCUUGGGUCCUGAGGCGCUGGUGUUCAUUAUCGAGCAAGCCGGCAUCUCGACAGUGUUGUGCGACAACCAGAAAAAGGUGGAAGUUCUGCUGCAGAACUGUGAGAAAGGCCAGACCCCUGCCCUCAAAACCGUCAUCGUGAUGGACCCGUUCGACUCGGGCUUAGCUGAGCGAGGAGCCAAAUGCGGAGUGGACGUGGUGUCCAUGCAGGAUGUGGAGGAUGCAGGGAAAAGUGACCUCCAGAAGCCAGUGCCUCCAAAGCCGCAGGAUCUCAGCAUUGUCUGCUUCACCAGCGGAACGACAGGAAAUCCCAAGGGUGCGAUGCUGACUCAUGAGAACGUCGUCGCUGAUGCCGCGGGUGUCCUCAAAACCUUUGAGACAUCCAUUGUUCCAAAUCCAGAGGACAUCACCAUUUCAUUCCUGCCAUUGGCGCACAUGUUUGAGAGAGUCGUGCAGUUUGUCAUAUUUGGUGCUGGUGCUCGAGUCGGGUUCUUCCAGGGGGACAUCAAACUCCUGCCAGAUGACAUGAAGACCCUGCAGCCCACCAUCUUCCCCGUCGUGCCCCGACUUCUCAACAGGGUCUACGAUAAAGUUAGCAGUGCCUCGUGUGGACUUGCCCUGGCGGCUGCCACGCUCUUCUACCUCAACACCAGGCCCGCCCCGCUGCGGUCCCCCGCCGACCUCAAAUGCCAAACCCUGGGCAUCAAGGAUGGAGCCAGGAAGGUGGCCUUGCUCAAGGACAACAACAACCUGCUGGCCUACUACUACGAUGACGCAAAGACCCUCUAUGAGGUCUUCCAGAGGGGCAUGAAAGUGUCAGGUAACGGGCCAUGUUUGGGCUUCAGGAAAAUGGGAAGGCCGUACCAGUGGCUCAGGUACAAGCAGGUGUCCGACAGAGCGGAGCAUCUGGGUUCGGGGCUCCUUCAGAGGGGCUUGAAGCCAACUCCCGACACUUUUGUCGGCAUCUUCGCUCAGAACAGACCCGAGUGGAUUAUUGGAGAGAUGGCCUGUUACACCUACUCCAUGGUGGUGGUCCCGCUCUACGACACCUUGGGUCCUGAGGCGCUGGUGUUCAUUAUCGAGCAAGCCGGCAUCUCGACAGUGUUGUGCGACAACCAGAAAAAGGUGGAAGUUCUGCUGCAGAACUGUGAGAAAGGCCAGACCCCUGCCCUCAAAACCGUCAUCGUGAUGGACCCGUUCGACUCGGGCUUAGCUGAGCGAGGAGCCAAAUGCGGAGUGGACGUGGUGUCCAUGCAGGAUGUGGAGGAUGCAGGGAAAAGUGACCUCCAGAAGCCAGUGCCUCCAAAGCCGCAGGAUCUCAGCAUUGUCUGCUUCACCAGCGGAACGACAGGAAAUCCCAAGGGUGCGAUGCUGACUCAUGAGAACGUCGUCGCUGAUGCCGCGGGUGUCCUCAAAACCUUUGAGACAUCCAUUGUUCCAAAUCCAGAGGACAUCACCAUUUCAUUCCUGCCAUUGGCGCACAUGUUUGAGAGAGUCGUGCAGUUUGUCAUAUUUGGUGCUGGUGCUCGAGUCGGGUUCUUCCAGGGGGACAUCAAACUCCUGCCAGAUGACAUGAAGACCCUGCAGCCCACCAUCUUCCCCGUCGUGCCCCGACUUCUCAACAGGGUCUACGAUAAAGUGCAGAGCGGUGCUACGACUCCUUUCAAAAAAUGGCUGCUCAACUUUGCGGUGCAGAGGAAAUUGGCUGAGGUGCGGGAGGGCAUAGUCCGGAACAACAGCCUAUGGGACAAGCUCAUCUUCCACAAAGUGCAGGAGUCUCUGGGUGGACGAGUGCGAGUCAUGGUGACGGGGGCGGCGCCCAUCUCUCCUUCGGUGCUGGACUUCCUCCGGGCUUCGCUCGGUUGCCAGAUCUUUGAGGCGUACGGCCAGACGGAGUGCACGGCUGGCUGCACGUUCACCAUGCCAGGAGAUGCCACUUCAGGACAUGUCGGUGUGCCUCUGCCAUGUAAUGUGGUGAAGCUGGUGGAUGUAGAAGAAAUGAACUACUUUUCAUCAAAUGGUGAAGGCGAGGUGUGCAUCAAAGGUAUGAAUGUGUUCAAGGGUUACUUGAAAGAUCCGGAGAAGACCGCUGAGGCUUUGGAUAAUGAUGGUUGGCUGCACACUGGAGACAUUGGGAAAUGGCUGCCAAGUGGUGUUCUGAAGAUUAUCGACCGCAAGAAGAAUAUCUUCAAGCUGGCUCAGGGUGAAUACAUCGCGCCAGAGAAGAUUGAAAAUGUCUACGUGCGCAGCGGCCCCGUGGCCCAAGUUUUUGUGCAUGGAGACAGUCUACAGGCCUUCCUGGUUGCAAUUGUGGUCCCCGAUCCAGAGGUCUUGCCAGGUUUGGCUAAGAACCUUGGAUUCCAGGGCUCCAUUGAAGAACUCUGCAAAAACAAGGAAAUCAAGAAAGCCAUUCUCUCAAAUAUGAUCAGUCUGGGAAAAGAAGCGGGACUGAAGUCUUUUGAACAGGUGAAGGACGUGUAUCUCCACCCAGAGCAGUUCACUAUUGAGAAUGGCCUCUUGACCCCGACGUUGAAGGCCAAGAGGGCCGAGCUCAAGUCUUUCUUCCGCAUGCAAAUCGACAAACUUUACGCGCAAUAAAUGAACACCACUUCCAGCA